AUGGGAUUAAUUCAUCUAUCCGACAAAGUGCAGGCCACUUCAAUUCGGGACCUGCCGUCCUCUAAACUCCCGCCUUAUCAUAUCACCGGACCAAGCCUCGACGCGACCUUGGUUCGGGCCCAUUCUUUCACCGUCCAUGGUAUUCCCUUGCAAUCCAGUCCUGAUUCUCGAGCUGUCCUAUGCCGCUUUGCACGAUUCGUCGGCGAUGUUGUCGGCUCAGACCAUAUCGCGUUCAUUGCAGAUGCACCAGAGACUGGGCAUACAUUGGUCCAGGCUGUUAUUCCAGUUCAAGCGGCGACGGGUGUGACACCCGAACCAAAGUUGGACUUUUUCACUGGCGUGACCCAUGUCGAUGAAAUUGACUUCAAACUUCUUAUUACGGCAUACAGCGGAUCGCGUACAACAAAUGGGGUCGCAGCCUCGGCACAAAAGGGACCUUUUGUUCUUUCGGUGGUAUACACCCAAGAGGACAGGGCCGAUAUUACUCUCCAGCUACGCGGGGACUACGGCGGAUGGAUUGCUGCGAAACACCUCGUCAAAUUGGCUGUCGCAUAUUUGACCUCUGGAUUGUCCGACAUUAUCGCUACUGGGGCAGGGCUGGACCCGUCCCGCGUGAAUUUCGAGUCCUUCCUGCAAGUCACACCACAGAUUCAACACAAGAAGCUAGACGUCAAUGGCUUCAAGACCAAUGGACACAUCAACUCUCGCCUGCUUCAUUCUGCGUUUGAAGACAAUGUUCGACGACACCCCCACAAUGUCGCCAUCGAGUAUUUGUGUCGAGCACCUGCUACAUCCGAGCGAUCACGACAGCAUGCAUAUGACCGACGCGAUCUCACCUAUGCUGAGGUCGAUAGUCGAGCCAAAAAUCUCGCUUCUGAGCUUGGACUUCUGCUACAGGUUCUAGGGAGUCAGUGGCGUCCAGCCUUGGGCGACCAGUACGCUUUUCCCCUCUUCAUUUCACCAAGCCCGGAGCUUUUCCUUUCCAUGUUGGCAGUUCUCAAGUCUGGCCAUGCAUUCUGUUCCUUACCAGCCGAUGCGCCACCAGAGCGACUACGGACUAUCGUCGAGGAUCUUGGCUCCCCGAUUGUCUUAGGAGUCGGCCCUGUGCCCUGGAACGGUGCUGCUGGAUCUCAAUCCGAGCGUGAGCAGCUUACUGAGGGGGUUAUGUGGGUCGAUAUCACCAACCCCUCCAGCUGGCGAAUGGAUUGCAUUAUCCCGGACACUGUGGGCGCCUCACCCAGUGGCCUUCGUAUUCCAUCCGAAGAUGAUCUUUGCUACCUCUUCUACACGAGUGGUUCGACCGGGAAGCCUAAAGGUGUGCUCGGAAGUCAUCGCUCAGCCUUGGCCUGUGUGGAAGCAACACUCGAAGGACCACUCUCGCAUCUUCCUGCUGGGCCACGGGUGCGCUGGCUUAACCUAAGUGCACCCUCCUUUGACCCCGUCAUCAUCGACACUUUUGUCCCACUAUCUCUUGGUGGAGUUCUCUGUACCGCUGAGCGUGACCUACUUCUCACAGACGUCGAAUUGUGUGCACGCGAACUCCGCGCCACUGCCUCAUACGCCGUCGCCAGUCUCGCACUUCUCAUGCGGCCGGAGCGCAUGCCCGCGUUGAAGACACUGAUCGUGGGCGGAGAGUCUGUGAAUGGUCGAGUGAUAGAAAAGUUUGCACGUGUGGAAGGGGAUCCGGAUGAUGAUAGGCACCUCAUCAAUGCCUACGGUCCCACAGAGACCACCAUCUUCUGUACAGCGGAAGCCUGUGUCCAGGGCACGCGCAGCUCUGUCAUUGGCGAUGCGUUGACUUCUGCAUUCUUUCUCCUGGCGGACCCGGAUGCCCUUGAUGCAGGAGAACUAAGAGAAACCCCCCUUGGGCUCGCGGGCGAGCUUAUCGUCGGCGGGCCGCAAGUUGCUCUCGGGUAUCUCAACCGUCCAGACGCGACAGCAAAGGCAUUUAUUCCUGUCAAUGCGAUGGGUCUUCCCUCUGGCACAACGCUCUAUCGCACCGGCGACAAGACUCGUGUUGUCUGGUCUUCUGAUGGAAAGCGCAAGAUUGACUUCCUCGGUCGCUUUGGUACAGACCAGGUCAAACUAAACGGACGUCGUGUGGAGCUGACUGAGAUCGAGAAUGUUCUUACAAGCGCGCAAGGUGUGGCCUCUGUCGCUGUUGUGGUGGCCAAUCCCAAGGAAGGUGUGCGUGCUCAGCUGGUAGCAUUUUUGACAGUCUGGGCCGACGAAGAUCGUCAAGGUGUCGCCAACAAAUGUCGCGCUGAAGCAGAGAGACUCCUACCUGAAUGGAUGUGCCCUGGAAGCUAUACUGUUCUGGAUCAGCUGCCGUACACCCCGAGCGGCAAAGUGGACAGAAAAGUGCUGCUAAAGCUCGCUGCCGGUGAGACUUUGAGCGACUCGGUCGUGACGAAUGGAGCCUCUGCUAGCGCCGAGAAAGCGGUAGAGAAGAAGCAAGACAUUGAGUCACGCGAAAUGGAUUCAGCUUCAAUUGUCUACCGAGGUCUAUUCGCUGCUAUCGGUGAUAAGGUUGCGGGCGCAGAAUCCACCACGCCUCUUGUGGGUCUUGGCCUAGACAGCCUACGGACUAUGUUGUUCCUCCAAAGCAUGCGGGAUGACGAGAUUGAGGGUUUGGCUUUACACCAGAUCCUUUCAUCCGUAACCAUUGACGACCUGGUCAAUCUAGUCGAAUCUAAAAACCCAGCGUCCAAGUUGACGGCUGGUCAACAGAUGGAUGUGGACACACAGGAAAGAAAUGGCCAUGUGGUAUCUAUUGAUCAAUCUAUCCUGUCAAAAACAGGUGUGGAAGAAGAUGAAGUGGAUGUUUCUGUUAUCGCUGCCGAUGACGAGGAAGGAAUUUUUGAACUAUCUGUCCCCGAAAAACUCCGUCACUUCUCUCACCACUGCCUGCCUCAGUGUACCUCUGCUCUCAAUCUCGCUCCAAUCGAUGUUGAGCAAGUACUUCCCGCUACAAAUACGCAGACUCGCAUUCUCUAUUACUCCACGCGCCACGAAUUUGUGGACCCUACUCGCUACUCUGGUCGACCGCAGCUCGAGCACUUUCUUUACGAAAUGCCUCUCGACAAGCUUGAACCGACCCGCAUGAAGCAUGCUGUCGAUGUUGUUCUCAGAAGACAUGAUUGCUUCCGUUCAGUCUUCUGUAACAUCAAGCAUCCAUUAUCUCCCUUUGCCAUCUGCAUCUUGAACAAAGAUUCGGAGCGUGCAAUCAUUCCCACAGUCGAGAUUGUCUGCAAAUCUGACCCUAAUCAUACCAGUCUCUGGCAACACACGCUUGUUUCAGCGCAGCGAGCUGCUGAAGGCGCCAUGACGCCGGACCGGCCAGGUGUCACCGUGACUUGGGUCAGCGCCCCUGACGGCUCUCGCCACGUCAUGAUUCUCUCGCUCUAUCACCCCAUCUUUGACGGCGUCAGCCUAGGCCACCUCCGCGAAGAGAUUGCCGCUGAAUACGCUCAUCUCAGCAGACCAGCUGGUAUCAGAAACCUGACAGACAGGGGCAGAAAGCUCCCACUCUUGCCCAUGCGCAAUACCGUGGAGCUUCUCUUCGAGAGCACUGACUGGGUGGAGAGCAUGUUCUACUGGAUGAAGCGUUUUGCCGGCGUGUCAUCCUUCCGUUUCGGACCUAGUCAGCCCGCUUCACAAGCCGUAAUGCUACCCACUGAGGUCGGAUUAGUCGAGACACACAUGCGCACUGCCGCCCUUCGCAGUAGUCUCUCCAUGGACGAUCUCUCCAACAAUGCGCUAUCACAGCUCGGCACAAGCAUGGCUUCCGUCGUACAGGCCGCAUGGGCUAGCGUGCUGGCUCAGACCCGCGGUGCCAAUGAGGGCAAGCUGGACGUGCAGUUCGGUAGCAUCUUGCACGGCCGAAACACACCCGACAUGUGGCGCUGCAUGGCCCCCUUACUGACGACGGUGCCGAUGCAUGUGGCCCUCCAGAAGGACGGACAGAAGAACCCAACCAACCGUGAAAUCUGCCGUUUGCUCGCUGCUCAACAUGCCGAAGUCGCACCCUUCAUUGACGUUCCUUGCCCAACGGAAGAUACUUUCGAGAUGGGGGCCGACCGAUUCGAUACUGCCCUGAACCUUCAGGCAUACCGGAGCGAGACUGCGCCUUCCUCAGACGUGGCCGGUCCCAAGGCUCCACGAGACCUGCCUGGCUGGAGCACCGAGCAGAACCUCCUAUCUCCUUACAAGGAAGUUGACAUCGGAUUCCCAAUCAUGAUGGAGGUGUGGCCGGCAUUUGGACCCGAGGGUCCAGACUGGAGUGAAAAGAUGACACUGAAAUGUGUGUAUAAUGUGCGGAAGCCUGGUUAUGAGUUCUUGAAUGAAAAGUGGAUUGCUGGCAUUGUGGGUGCCUUUGAAGACUCGCUGGUGAGGCUUCUGAGGGAGCCGGAAGCCGAGUAUUAUGUCGGUUGA